AUGGCACCUCGCUGCACGACCCCCACUCCCGUCCAACCUUCUUCCCCGGCGGCAACCGCGCCGAAUCCCCGCCCAGCCUCCUUCCCCGCGGCGGCGGCGGCGGCGAAUCCCCGCCCAGCCUUCUUCCCCGCGGCGGCGGCGGCGAAUCCCCGCCCAGCCUUCUUCCCCGGCGGCAACCGCGCCGAAUCCCCGCCCAGCCUCCUUCCCCGCGGCGGCGGCGGCGAAUCCCCGCCCAGCCUCUACGCGCCGCCCCGGAGAGCCUCUACGCGCCGCCCCGGAGAAACUCUACGCGCCGCCCCGGAGAGCCCCUGCACGCCGCCACCAUCCCCUGUAAAUCGGUCGGCCGCCGGCGCCGUCCCCAUCCCCUGCAACCCGUGCGCCCACGCCUCUGUACACAGAUGCAACUGCCAACCGGACUUCUGCCCCUGUACACAGAUGCAACUGCCAACCGGACUUCUGCCUCUUGUGCCGCGGCAUAUCCCCAGUGAUCUGAUGUGCUGCCGCCGCCAGGUAUGGCCUCGAGUUCUGGAGCCCCCGUUCCUCUACUUUGAUUCCGUAUGA